CUGUCUCUGAACAUGAAAUCUCUGUUUUUUGUGGCUUCACCCGCGCUUGUCAACGUCCAGGGGGUCAUAGCACGUGCCGCUUUACCCUCCGAGACCAGGUCUUAUGUCCCGCCAUCCAACACAACAUCCACGGCAAGGAUAAGUUCAGCAAGCCCAAGUCCCACACCAUUCUGGCCGACCGCAGUACUUCCCAAAUUUCACCCGCAGUUUAGAGAUAUUCCGGAUAGCGCCCUUUCAUGCUGGAAAUCAUGGGGCGACUACCAGCUGCGGACUCAAGUUCCCAACCCCGGAAUCAUUGCCAAUGCAACUACAUCAGUGUGGUGGAGCCCUCUACCCACUCCGAUAACCGUCAUCGAAGACAACAGCUACUGUUCGGCGGACGUAAAGAAAAUUCCAAUCAGCCUCACAACCCUCUGUGAUGGGGUCCCAAGAGCCUCCUACAUCGAGGAGUCAUCCUCCUGGACCUUGAAUACUUGGAUUGUAAACUACACACAAACGGAUUCACUCACGAUGACCGUAAUCCCUGGAACAACACGUCCUGGCUACGAAAAUGAACAACCAAAGUGCACGAUAGCUCCAAACUCCGUGCCACUAUGUGAUGAAGUUAAUUCAGCAUAUACAUGGUGGUUGUCAUCGCGAGGAUCACAAACCCCACCACUAAACGAAGCAUCAACAACCACUACACCAACGAAAUCUCUCAUCGAGACAUUGGUGCCACCAUCCUGUAUACAAUUCAUACCAGCUCCACCCCAGGCGAAACCAACCUGUGCGAUGGAAAUCGAUAAUCAGGAAGUUUGGUACUGGCCAGCUCCGGGACCAACCGGAUCCGACUUCUGCAAUUCCAGCUGGGCUCCCCCAACCGCAACACCCACUAUUCCCGGGAAACCAAACACCGCCGUAGUGUCAGGUAUGACCUUCACAAGCCCAAGCGUCUACCAUUUGAUCAAGAGCGUCACCGUGUAUACACUGGCUGGAACCAACCGGAAGGCCGACAGUGGAUAUAUCCGCCACACCAGUGUCUGGAAGCCAUCUACAACAAUCGGCCCAGAAAAGACGUUUCUCACAGACAAGCAAUUGGAAACGGACAUUGUAAGCGUCACGUAUAUCGGGCCGAAACAUCCGCAUGGUGCAGCUGUGUAUUCAUACAACAAAGACUUCCGCCUCAACGACAUCUUCACCAUGCGCUCAGGGCCCUACUUUGGGAACCCUGAACACCAAGGAAUUUCGACCAUCUUCCAAAAUGAGGUUCAGCAUUCGUUCGGACUCGGGGUUCCCGAAUUAGUGUCUCAGAAUAAAAUAUUCAAGGAAUGCGAGUGGACCAGAACAUAUACCCGGGAUGUCUAUCCCAGUGAGUAUCCGGUGGCGGUCGAUAAUUCGGUCCUGAGGAGUAAUUUUCAUCCAAUUACGACAGGGACGGGUGGGAUGUCUACGCCAACGGUGCCGCCAGUUCCGACUUCUACGCCUAGCGUUACUACGCCUUUGCCUCCGCUGUGUAAACUAUGAGCGAAUCAAUUAGAGGAAGCUUUCAUUUCUUUGACUGAUGAGCGUAGGGGUACGGAUAUGUUUUUC